CAGAAAAAUCUGAUGGGAAUUUUUCGAAUUCAUUGUGGUGAGAGGCCUGCAACUUCAGAACAACAUCGUUGGUGCUGUGCUGAUCACGGUGUCUGCUACAUUUUCCGAAAGUCAUAUCAAGAAUGUGAUCAGGACUAUUGCAAGUGUGUCUUCGAAAUUUUUGGAAAGUGA